AAGACAGUCAUCACUCCAUCCGGGUCACCCACUCUCUCUCACUCUCUCUCUACUGUGUGACUGUGUGUGUGUGAUUCUGUGUUUUUCGUUCCCGUCAUCUAGAAACAUCCUCACCACUCCCCAAUCCUUUACCUGCCCGUUGGUUUUUUCUUUGAUCAAUCGAAUCUCCCCGUUACCCACUGUUUUUUUUUUAAUUUUAAUUUUACAGUCUCCUCUCAGUUUAAUUCAAUAUCAUCAUCGUUAAAUGCGAAUUUUGGAAAUGCAGACUAGGGUUUUAGUAUCUACAGUUCUUUGCACUUCAUCGCAAUGUGCUUGCUGAACAGUUUAAAAAUUGGGGGAGAAUUUUGGGAAAUUGGAGUUAAUUGCGAAAUUUAGGUUAUUUGGGGUUAAAGUUAGGAGGAAUAAAGUCAAUGUCUGGAGCUUUGAGAUCGGUGAACCAAGCGGAGACGGAGGUGCGGCCGGUGCUCGGACCGGCGGGGAACAACAAGUCCAGAUCGGCAUUCGAGCCGCUGCGUAAGCCGCUGGGUAAGCCCAAGGUUGUCAGUGUGAACAAAACCAAGGAUGUUGAUGGCAAGAAAUCUCCGGUGGUGACUCCGGAUUCUUCGCCGUCGCCGAAGAAGAAGACUGGGAGUGCUGUAGCCACGGUCAUGAGGCAGCAGAAGAGGCAGGAGGUGAAGUUGUUUUCCAAUUUGUCGAUGAAUGCUUCGUGUUCCUCUGACGCUUCCACCGAUUCUUCCCAAAGUCGGGCAUCGACGGGGAGGAUUAGUCUUCGAAGCGUGAGGCCCACGCCCAUCAGGCGGAAGUCACAAUGUGGGCUGAAAACUGAGAAAGUCGAGAAAUUUGAGAAAUUUGGUUGUGAACUUGAGAGUCCGGCAGCUGGCGAAUAUGCUGAUGAUUUUCUGGUGGCUAAGAAAAGGUGUGCUUGGGUGACGCCGAAUACUGAUCCGGCAUAUAUUGCCUUUCAUGAUGAGGAGUGGGGAGUUCCAGAGCACGAUGACAAGAAACUUUUCGAAUUGCUCAGCCUAUCCACCGCCUUGGCUGAACUUACGUGGCCCGUCAUUCUCAACAAAAGGGAAACGUUUCGAGAAGUCUUUCAGAAUUUUGAUCCCGUUGCAGUCUCAAAAUUAAAUGAGAAGAAGCUAACGGCUCCAGGAAGCCCUGCUAGUACUCUUCUGUCUGAGUUAAAGUUACGUGCAAUAGUUGAAAAUGCCCGCCAAACCUGUAAGGUCAUUGCGGAAUUCGGCUCUUUUGACCAAUAUGUAUGGGGUUUUGUUAACUACAAGCCUAUAGUUGGUCAAUUCCGCUAUCCACGUCAGAUUCCAAUAAAGACGUCUAAAGCAGAAUUUAUUAGCAAGGACCUUGUUAGAAGAGGAUUUCGAGGAAUAGGACCGACAGUUGUUUACUCGUUCAUGCAGGUGGCUGGAAUCACCAAUGACCAUCUUAUAAGUUGCUUCCGAUUUGCAGACUGUUCCAGUAAGGUCAACGGAAAAGACAAAGCUGACAUCCUCGUCAUCACAGCAGAAGAAAAACAACUCGACGAUCCAGUUGAGUUGGGAAUAGAAAGAGCACUGGAAGGAUUCAGUUUAUCCUCAUAGUGAUGGUUUCAAUCCGAAGCUGAAGUUGAGAAAUACAUCAUUGUGCAGCAGUUGUUCCAUGUUUUGUAUGCACGAGUUAAUGCGGCACCUCGUUCAAUGUAUAAAAAGGCUAUGACUUGGUAGCUUCAUUCUAAUGUAAAGCUUAAAUUAAAAGUUCUUGCUGCAUGUAUCAGUCUAUCAGAUACAGAUAUUGUAGACUUUCUAGGUGUUCAUAAGAAAUGCAGCUGCCGUAGCCGCCUCUUUGUACAGCCGACCAGUUCUUUCAUUAGUGCACGUUCAAGCUUGUCAAAAUAGAAAUAGACUCCUUCCUUUAACAUUUGCCAUGUUUGAUCCUUUGAGGCCAAUUGCGGUAUUCCAACUUAGUUGGAAAUGCCCAUUAUGUACGUAGAUCCUUCUCUCUUUUAAUGGCAAAUGUUUGACAUUACUGUUCUUGGCUAAACUUUACGUAUCAUGUUCCUGUGAUAUCAGAUCUGAUACAAUAUACUGAGAAUUUGUAUCGCAAGGGGUCCUAAUCGCUUUGUGUGUCAA